AUGGAGCGCGCCGCGCAAGGCCGCGCGGGCAGCGCGCUGUUCGCGGGCUUCCGGGCCUUGGGGCUGUUCAGCAGCGACAUUCCACACGUGGUGCGCUACAGCGCCCUGAAGCGCCGCUUCUGCGUGACGACCUGCGUGGGCAAGAGCUUCCACACGUACGACGUUCAGAAACUUAGUCUGGUUGCAGUAAGUAAUUCUGUCCCACAAGAUAUCUGCUGUAUGGCUGCUGAUGGGAGGCUAGUCUUUGCCGCGUAUGGGAAUGUUUUCUCUGCAUUUGCCCGUAAUAAAGAGGUAGUGCAUACCUUUAAAGGUCAUAAGGCAGAAAUCCAUCUUUUGCAACCCUUUGGGGAUCACAUUAUAUCUAUUGACACUGACAGCAUUCUUAUUAUUUGGCACAUAUAUUCAGAAGAGGAAUAUCUGCGGUUGACUUUUGAUAAGUCAGUUUUUAAAAUUUCUACAAUUUUGCAUCCAAGUACCUACUUGAAUAAAGUACUUCUGGGUAGUGAACAAGGAAGUCUGCAGUUAUGGAAUGUAAAAUCCAAUAAGCUUCUAUAUACGUUUCCAGGGUGGAAAGUUGGAGUGACAGCUCUUCAACAGGCACCCGCAUUGGAUGUUGUUGCUGUUGGUCUUAUGUCAGGUCAGGUUAUCAUUCAUAACAUUAAGUUUGAUGAAACAUUGAUGAAGUUUCGUCAGGACUGGGGACCAAUUACUUCCAUUUCAUUUCGCACAGAUGGUCAUCCCAUAAUGGCAGCUGGAAGCCCAUGUGGCCAUAUUGGACUCUGGGAUCUGGAAGACAAAAAAUUAAUCAAUCAGAUGAGAAAUGCACACUCCACAGCAAUUGCCGGGCUGACUUUUCUUCAUAGAGAACCUCUUCUUGUUACAAAUGGCGCUGACAAUGCUCUCAGGAUAUGGAUAUUUGAUGGUCCUACAGGUGAAGGACGUUUGCUACGAUUCAGAAUGGGACAUAGUGCUUCUCUUACCAGCAUCAGAUAUUAUGGACAAAAUGGACAACAAAUUUUAAGUGCAAGUCAAGAUGGAACUCUUCAGUCAUUUUCUACAGUACAUGAAAAAUUCAACAAGAGCUUGGGGCAUGGAUUAAUAAAUAAGAAGAGAGUUAAACGAAAAGGGCUUCAAAAUACCAUGUCAGUGAGGCUUCCACCUAUCACAAGGUUUGCAGCUGAGGAAGCCCGUGAAAGUGACUGGGAUGGUAUUAUUGCUUGCCAUCAAGGUAAGCUAUCAUGCUCAACCUGGAAUUAUCAGAAAUCUACAAUAGGCGCCUACUUUCUUAAGCCUAAAGGAAUGAAGACAGAUGACAUCACUGCAACAGCAGUGGAUAUAACUUCUUGUGGGAACUUUGCAGUCAUAGGCCUAUCAUCGGGAACUGUAGAUGUUUAUAACAUGCAAUCUGGUAUUCAUCGAGGAAGUUUUGGCAAAGAUCAAGCUCAUACGGGAUCUGUUCGAGGUGUUGCAGUGGAUGGAUUAAACCAACUGACAAUUACAGCUGGUAGUGAACAAUUGCUCAAAUUUUGGAACUUUAAAAGCAAAGUUUUAAUCCAUUCCAUGAGCCUUGAUUCAUCUCCAAAUAUGAUGCUGCUACAUAGGGACAGUGGCUUUCUGGGACUUGCCUUGGAUGAUUUCUCCAUUAAAGUUCUGGACAUCGAAACUAGGAAGAUUGUCAGAGAAUUUUCUGGACACCAAGGCCAAAUCAAUGAUAUGGCUUUCAGUCCUGAUGGGCGUUGGCUGAUAAGUGCUGCAAUGGAUUGUUCUAUUAGGACUUGGGACCUUCCAUCUGGGUGCCUUAUAGACUGCUUUUUGUUGGAUUCAGCCCCUCUCAAUGUGACUAUGUCCCCAACGGGAGACUUUUUAGCAACUUCCCAUGUAGACCACCUUGGAAUUUAUCUAUGGUCCAAUAUUUCCCUCUAUUCAGUUGUCUCAUUACGGCCACUUCCUACAGAUUAUGUUCCUUCAGUGGUGAUGCUUCCUGGUACUUGUCAAAGCCAAGAUAUAGAAGUAUCAGAAGAACAGCUUGAGCCAUGUGAUGAAAUGGUAGAGUAUGAGUCACCAGAGCAGCUGAAUGCACACUUGGUGACUCUGUCACUUCUGCCUGAAUCACGCUGGAAAAACCUUCUUAAUCUUGAUGUCAUUAAGAAAAAAAAUAAACCAAAAGAACCACCCAAAGUACCUAAAUCAGCACCAUUUUUUAUUCCAACGGUUCCUGGACUUGUACCUAGAUUUGCUGUACCUGAGCAAAACAAUGAUCCCCAGCAGUCUAAAGUGGUAAAUCUUGGGAUUUUGGCUCAAAAAUCAAAUUUCUACCUGAAACUUGAAGAAGGACUGGAAAAUAAUAAGUAUGAAGCUGCUCUUAACCUGCUGAAAGAAUUAGGCCCAUCAGGAAUUGAAACAGAGCUUCGAAACCUGUCUCCUGAUGGUGGCGGAUCUAUAGAGGUCAUGCAAAGUUUUUUGAAAAUGAUUGGGAUAAUGAUGGACAGAAAGCGUGAUUUUGAGUUAGCCCAGGCAUAUCUUGCAUUAUUUCUUAAGUUACACCUCAAAAUGCUUCCUUCAGAGCCAAUACUUUUAGAAGAAAUGACAAAAUUAUCAUCACAAGUGGAAGAAAACUGGAUUCAUUUACAGUCACUCUUCAAUCAAAGCAUGUGUGUUUUAAAUUAUAUUAAAAGUGCUUUAUUGUAAAAAUAA